UAUUAUCUUCUCAUACAAUGCCCAGUUCCAGUGAUCUGCUGAUUUUGAAUAAUGAGCACAAAUCUUUUACUGAAGAUUCCCAAAUUAUAUUAUCUCAUACAAUGCCCAGUUCCAGUGAUCUGGUGAUUUUGAAUGAUGAGCAUGAAUCUUUUAUUGAAGAUUCCCAAAUUAUAUUAUCUUCUCAUACAAUGCCCAGUUCCAGUGAUCUGCUGAUUUUGAAUAAUGAGCACAAAUCUUUUACUGAAGAUUCCCAAAUUAUAUUAUCUUCUCAUACAAUGCCCAGUUCCAGUGAUCUGCUGAUUUUGAAUGAUGAGCAAACACACAAAGUUAUUGAAAAUUCCCCAAUUAUAUCUUUUUUUCAUCCAAUUAUCAAUCCCAAUGCAAGCCAAAAUAUUUCAAACAUUAAAGGCCCAAAUAUUAUUCAAUUAUAUAAAAAAAAGGAGCCUAAUGACCCUUUUCAUUUCAUAUUCUUUAGAAUGACAAAUAUCUUGAUUAAUUUCAUAAUUUCCAUAGGCCCAUGUCAGCCAUGUUCAAAUAUAUUUCAAUAUCCUGUUACUCACAAAAGGAGCAUGAAUAUAUCCUAUUAUAAAAAGGUUAAUAUUGAUGGUUCCCUCAAACCAAGAAAUUGGUUAUCCUAUAGCACCACUUUAGACAAAGUCUUUUGUCUUUAUUGUCUUAUGUUUGGUGGCCCUAAAUCCAAUACUUUUUGGACUCAACUUGGAGUAAAUAAUUGGAAAAAUUUUAAGCGUGACUUAGAGAGACAUGAGUCAUCUUCUAUUCAUAAGGAUUGUGAAUACACCAACAUGACUUGGCUUGCAAAUAAGCGUAUUCAAGAUCAUUUUCUAUCAAAUAGGCUUGAUAUAAUAAUGGAAAAUCGUAAUAUAGUUCAUAAUAUUAUUGAUGCCAUUAUAUACCUUAUAAAAUGUAACAUAGCCUUUUGGGGCACUAAUUCGAAUGAAGGUAAUUUUAUGUGCCUCAUAAAAUUAAUGGCAAAAACGGUUCCAACUUUACGGGCAUACAUUGAUAACAACGAAAAAUUGAGGAGAAAAAAAUCAGAUAAAAUUUCACAAGACCUUAUAUAAAUUUAUUGUCAUAUGGCCAUGUGAAAAAAAUUAUUGAAGUCAUUAAGAUAAAAAUAAUAAAAUGUAUUAUUCAAAAAAUUAAAGAGAAUUGUGCCUAUAGCAUCAUAUUAGAUGGAACAUAUGAUGUGUCUAAAAAAGAAUGCAUUGCUUUACUUGUAAGAUAUAUAGAAGAUGAUCCGCAUCCACAUCCUGUAGAAAGGAUCAUCCAUGUUUUUACAACAUCAGAAACCACCGGGGAAAAUAUAAAGAAACAUGUUUUUUCUAAGUUCAAAGAUCUUGGUCUUCCUCUUGAUUAUAUGGUUGGGCAAAGUAUGGAUGGUGCAGGGAAUAUGAGAGGAGUAUACAAAGGAAUGCAGGCUUUAAUAUUGAAAGAGGCUCCAAAAGCCAUAUAUAUUUGGUGCCAUGCACAUAGGCUCAAUUUAGUAGUUGCUCAUGUUUGUGGAUGCAAAAUAGAAAUGAAAAA